AUGCAUUCCAUUCUACCAUACACAUUAGAUCCUGAGCGGAUGACUGGCUGCAGGAAAAUGAAUACCAUUAACCCGUACGAUGCAUCUGUCACCGGCCCCGAGUCAUCCGCCCGUGACCUCGACGUCAUCAGGAAUCAUCUCCUUCAAGAGUGGGACAGACGCACCACAAGCACAGUUCUUUUCAAUCCUGCAGCUGAAAUAGACAUACGCUCAUGGGACCUCUCAUGGACAGAACGAGAGAGCCACUGGGAAGAGAAUGUGGCACAAUGUAUUUCCCCUGAGGAGGUUGAAGGCCUCCUCCCAGCGAAGUGGUUUGGGUACAACACAAGUAGUGACGUAGAUGAAACACUGGCACGUGUGUGCAAACUUUGCACUGCGUUGGUCGACAAGUUCGUUGAGCUUUCGAAGGGUGACAAUGCAAAUCAAUCCACUGCUAAGUGGAGGCAACAUCAAGCCAUGUUGGCACGCAUUUCCGCUGUCGUGGAGCUUCUUGAGGAAGCCGUUGGAGAGACACUUUCGAUGUACGACCUUCGCGAUCCCCAAACUGUACGCUGCCUUUGGGAAAGGAUGGAUGAUGAGGAUAGAAGGAAAGUUGCUUCUGUCUUGGGAGCUAGGUAA